AUGGUUUUAGUUGCAACCGAGAAGCAGGAUAUCUCAUACGAUUGCAAAUUUCAAAACUCAUUUGGAAAGCUGCAGCGAGUUUUUGGAUAUAUAUACAGGUUCUGGCUUCUCAAAUUCCAAAAUCAAACGCGUCGCAAAGGACCACUCACAGUCGAUGACGUCAAAGGUAGCACACAUCUACUCAUCAAAGGGAUCCAGCGUGUUUUCUUCGCAGAGGACUACAAAGCAUUGCGAAAGAACAAGCAGGUUGCAUCAAAUAGCAAGCUCUCGUCGUUGCAUCCUAUUCUGGAUGACUCAGGAUUAAUUCGUGUUGGUGGUCGCUUGCAAAACUCGCUUCUGGACUACGAUGCGAGACAUCCCAUUUUGCUGCCAAAAAAUCAUCCUGUUACUCAAGCAAUCGUCGCUCAAUUCCAUCACAAGUUUUUGCACGCAGGACCGCAAAGUCUACUAGCUGCCUUGCGCCAGAGGUUUUGGCCAAUUGGAGGCCGAAAGAUAGUCGCAGCUAUCGUAAACAAAUGCAUCAGGUGUUUUAGACUGAAGCCGAGAAUGAUGGAGCACAUCAUGGCCCCCUUGCCGGCCAGCCGAGUGCAACCAAGUCGUCCUUUUACAACGACUGGAAUCGACAUUUGUGGCCCAUUCUUCUCGAAAUCGGAAGUCAGGAAUCGACCGCCUGCGAAGUGUUACGUGGCAGUUUUUAUUUGCUUCGCAACUAAGGCCUCUCACUUGGAGUUAGUAGAGGAUUUAUCAACCGCAUCGUUCCUCGCCGCUCUCAAGCGUUUCACCAGCAUCAGGGGCAAGCCCAACACGAUCUGGUCGGACAACGCAACAAACUUUGUUGGUGCGAGAAACGAGUUGCAGGAGCUCAGGCAAAUCUUCCUCGCUGAUCCUCCAAAUAUCGAGCUUCGCAAUGACCUGUUGUCUAAUGGAAUUAAUUGGCAGUUCAUACCCCCUCGCUCGCCUCAUUUUGGUGGCUUCGACUUGGAGGUUCUCACGCCUGGACAUAUUCUUAUUAACACUGCUUUCAACGCCAUAGACGAACCCGACAUCACUCACCUCAACAUCAAUCGGCUAAGUCGCUGGCAGCGAGUUUGCCAGAUGCAGCAGGCGAUUUGGCACAAGUGGAGCACUGCCUACCUAUCGCUACUCCAGGAACGUGGGAAAUGGCAAUCAGUAAAGGCAAAUUUGUCGCCUGGCAAUAUAGUCAUCAUUAAGGACGACAAUCUUCCUUCACUCCAAUGGCGGAUGGGCAGAGUCGAGAGCAUCGUUCUUGGACCAGAUGGCGUGGCCCGUGUUGCAGUUAUUCGAACAGCUGCAGGCAUCAUCCGAAGAGCUGUUGGCAAGUUGGCCGUUCUGCCCUUUGAGACCACCUCGUCUGUCAGCGUGACUCUACCAGCGGGGGAGCAUUUUCGGAGCAGAACCCCUAACUUGUAA